GCCGCGCGCGUUGGAGGAGUUGGGAGCCGGCGCAAAAGUUUCCUCCCAACUCUGGCCCCGCGCGCCGCCGCCGCCGCCCACUCCAGCCCGGGGCCUGGGGCCGGCCCUGCCACGGUCGCCACGGCCAUCGCCAGAGGCAGGGCCGGGCCGGGCCGCACCCGCAGUUUCACUUUAGCGCGUGGAGCCUCCGCCUGCGCCCGGCCGACCCUCCGCGUCCCCGCGUCUCCGCGCCCGCGUUCCCGCCCUCGGCCUCCCGUGGAGUUGCAGGGAAGCAGCCGUGGGUCCCGGCCCCGGAGACACGCGCGGAACAGCGUCGUGUACGCCCCACGUCCCCCGACCGAGGGGCUGUGCCCGGGGGCCAGGCACCUGUUCGGCCCAGCCCUGCGCGGGAGCCCAGGGCCAGGAUGAAAGUGACAGUGUGCUUCGGGAGGACCGGCAUCGUGGUGCCCUGCAAGGAUGGCCAGCUGCGAGUCCGCGAGCUCACCCAGCAGGCGCUGCAGCGGUACCUGAAGACCCGGGACCAGGAUCCUGGAUACUGGGUGAAGAUUCAUCACUUAGAAUAUACAGAUGGAGGAAUCCUGGAUCCGGAUGAUGUCUUAGCAGAUGUUGUUGAAGACAAAGAUAAGCUGAUUGCUGUGUUUGACGAACAAGAGCCACUCCAAAAGAUUGAGAGCCCCAGUGGAAACCCUGUGGAUCGGCAGAGCCCAGACGCUUUCGAGACAGAAGUGGCUGCCCAACUGGCUGCAUUUAAACCGAUCGGCGGGGAAAUCGUAGUAACCCCUUCUGCUCUGAAGUUAGGCACUCCACUGCUGGUUAGGAGAAGCAGUGACCCAGCACCAGGGCCACAUGCUGAUGCCCAGCCCAGCGCUGCAAGCCUGAGUGGCCAGAGUUUGAAACCUGUUGUUCUGGAUUCCGGCCAGAAUGUGGAAAACAGAGAAGUUAUGAGUGGUGAACAGACAGGGCUGCUUACACUUCACAGAACGAAAGAUGAACUGAGUGAUAUGACGAGAGCUGUGGAGGUUUCUGGGGAAGGAGACCCCCUGGGCAUCCAUGUGGCACCCUUCUUUUCAUCCCUGAGUGGACGGAUCCUUGGACUCUUCAUCCGAGGCAUCGAAGAAAACAGCAGGUGCAAGCAGGAGGGGCUAUUUCAGGAGAAUGAAUGCAUUGUAAAAAUCAACAAUGUGGAACUCCUGGACAAAACUUUUGCUCAGGCCCAAGAUGUCUUCCGUCAGGCAAUGAAAUCUCCCAGUGUGGUCCUCCAUGUGCUUCUGCCUCAAAACCGUGAACAAUAUGAAAAAUCAGUCAUUGGACCACUGAACAUUUUUGGCAACAAUGAUGGGCCUUCGAGAACAAAGCCACCAGCUCCUGCUCGUGGGAAACCAGGACUAAAGGCAGUAACUCUAACAAGAGCUAACAGCCCUGAAGCAGAAGAGUCAGCUUCCCCGCAGCAAAGCAAGAGCCCCCGAGUUCCAAGACUAGGAAGAAAACCUUCCUCUCCCUCGCUCUCCCCUCUCAUGGGGUUUGGCAGCAAGAAAAAUGCAAAAAAAAUCAAGAUUGACCUUAAGAAAGGCCCUGAAGGACUUGGUUUCACUGUGGUAACCAGAGAUUCUUCUAUACAUGGUCCUGGUCCCAUUUUUGUAAAAAACAUCUUACCAAAGGGAGCAGCAGUAAAGGAUGGCCGCCUUCAAUCAGGGGACAGAAUUUUGGAGGUAAAUGGCAGAGAUGUCACAGGAAGAACCCAGGAAGAACUCGUGGCCAUGCUGAGGAGCACCAAGCAGGGAGAGACAGUGUCACUCAUCAUUGCCCGCCAGGAAGGGAGUUUCCUGCCCCGAGAGCUGAAAGGAGAACCUGAUUGUUAUGCACUCUCCCUGGAGUCAAGUGAGCAGCUCACCUUGGAGAUCCCCCUGAAUGAUUCUGGUUCUGCUGGCCUUGGUGUUAGCCUCAAAGGGAAUAAAUCUCGAGAAACUGGAACUGACUUGGGGAUUUUUAUCAAGUCUAUCAUCCAUGGAGGUGCUGCUUUCAAGGAUGGCCGUCUACGAACAAAUGACCAACUGAUUGCUGUAAAUGGGGAAAGUCUUCUGGGAAAGUCCAACCAUGAAGCCAUGGAAACACUGAGGAGAUCCAUGUCCAUGGAGGGAAACAUCCGGGGCAUGAUUCAGUUGGUGAUUCUGAGGAGACCGGAGAGGCCACUAGAGGAGAUUUCAGAAUGUGGCGCACUUCCCAGACCAUGCUUUGAGAACUGUCACGAAGCUCCGAGCACCUCCAGACGAAAUGACAGUAGUAUAUUCUAUCCUUUUGGCACCUAUAGUCCCCAAGAUAAAAGGAAAGACCUAUUGCUUCCCAGUGAUGGGUGGGCUGAGAAUGAAGUACCGCCAUCCCCGCCACCACAUCCAGGUCUGGAAUGGGGCCUUGAAGAUUUCAGUCACAGCUCUGGAGUGGAUUCCACAGGAUAUUUUCCAGAUCAACAUGUCAACUUCAGAAUUGUGACACCAGCCAGGCAGCCCGAAACGAUUAACCUGAAAGCCUCCAAGAGCAUGGACCUUGUGCCAGAUGAAAGCAAAGUUCAGUCAUUGGCUGAUCCCAGAUCAGGAGACUGGCUGGAACAGGAAUGGAGGCCCAGGAAUGGAGUGAAGGGGAGCAGGCCUUGGCAAGAAAAACUGUACAAGAAGAUAGUCUAUGACUCUCCAGGCAAAGAUUUUGGUCCAACUUUGGGUCUGAAAAAGUCCAGUUCCUUGGAGAGCCUGCAGACUGCAGUGGCUGAAGUCAGGAAGAAUGAGCUGCCCUUCCACAGGCCCAGACCACACAUGGUGCGUGGCCGGGGCUGCAACGAGAGCUUCCGAGCAGCCAUUGACAAAUCUUACGAUGGGCCGGAAGAGGCAGAAGCUGACGGUCUGUCUGAUAAGAGCUCUCGCUCGGGCCACGCAGCUCUGAAUUGUGAGUCUGCCCCUCAGGGAACCCCCGAGCUAGACAAUGUGGAAAAUAAAGCCAAGAACAUCAAAAAAACAAAAGAGAAGGAGAAGAAAAAAGGAAAGGGCAAGCUGAAAGUCAAGGAACAAAAGCCGAAGGAGGACCAUGAGGAUGCAGAGAGGAAAGUGAAGAGGAAGGGCUUCGGAGCCAUGCUGAGAUUCGGAAAGAAGAAAGAUGAUAAGGCCGGGAAGGCCGAGCAGAAAGGUACUCAGAAGUCCAAGCACCCGGAAGAAGAAGAAGAAGAGCUGGAAAGAAUGAAAGAAGAAAGAGAGAGGAUUGGAGCAAAGCAUCAGGAGCUAAGAGAAAAGCAGGCAAGAAGCCUUGUUGAUUAUGCCACGGCAGCGACUGGACCAGUGCACGACAUGGACGAUGACGAAAUGGACCCCAAUUAUGCCAGGGUGAACCACUUUCGGGAACCAUGUGCAUCAGCAAAUGUCUUUAGAUCUCCAUCUCCCCCUCGAGCUGGACCACUUGGUUACCCUCGGGAUGGACGUCCACUGUCUCCAGACCACUUAGAGGGUCUCUAUGCCAAGGUCAACAAGCCAUAUCAUCCACCAGCCCUAGCUGACAGUGGCCGACCCAUGGCUGGAACCACCGACCGCAUCCAGAAGCUUCGGAAGGAGUAUUACCAGGCUCGGAGAGAAGGAUUCCUUCUGUAUGAAGACGAAGACGGAAGAGCACGGCCUUCCAACCAUGACCUCCGCUGGGUGUCUGGAAAGGGUCCAGAUGGGAGUGCACACAACCUCCGCUUUGAGGGGAUGGAGCGGCAGUAUGCAUCCUUACCUAGGGGAGGCUCGGCAGAUCCUGUGGACUACCUGACAACUUCACCCCGAGGGCGCUACAAUGAAAGAGAGCUUCCAUACUACCCAGACCCUCAUCCUCUAUAUCCCCCAAGAGGGAGCUAUCCCCGGCCCCCGGAUCUGAGGGUAACAGAUCUACGAUACCCACAGUACUACCCACCCCCACCAGCCCAUCAGCACAAAGGACCCUUCAGACAAGAUGUUCCUCCUUCACCACCUCAGCACCACCGAGUACCAGUCUACCAGGAGAUGGGCAGAGCAGGGCCCCGAGGGGGCAGCCCUGACCAGCACCCCUAUCGUAACCAGGAUCCCAGGCAGAAGAAUCCCAUGACUGCAGCAGUAUAGCUGAACAUCACAGAGAUCUGCCAAGCAAGGAAGGCAUCCAACACCAUCUUUGCCAUCGCUAGAACCUAAGGCCUUCUCCAGGCUCAGGUGUUCUAGGAUACAGAGUGGCUCUUGCUUCCCGAGGAUGCAUCGCCUAACUGCUAAUCAGAGGACAAAAGAGGGACAGGGGUUUGGGGAUGUGUAUUAAAAACGGAAGAAGGAUGCGGUCAUAAAAACAGUACUUCCUGAUACUUGAAAGGCUUGCAGGAUUGGUUGAUUCAGUGAGAAUGACAAUUGAUUAGCAAUCAAUGAAGCUACACUGUAGUAGUCCCUGGCUGGAAAACCAGUGCUAUAUACAACCCCACCCACCACCACCACCACACAUAUAGUAGAAGCAAUAGUACAGAGGUAACGGUCGCUCUCUGUCAGGCCAAGUCACCCAUUCAGAGACUUAGCCUUAUCCUUGGAGGAAUGAGACCUUCAGACUGGCAGAGCAGAGAGGCCGCAAAUAUUCACUGAGAAUAAAGCAACCACGUACAUGACUAGUGACCUCUUGGAAACCUUAGACCCAAAGGAAGACUGUAUUUCCUUAUUUAUAGUCUAGCUUGGGUUCCCGGUACUACUUGUUUGACACAAGCCUUUUGCACUUCCUUGCUUUUGAUAUAAAAAACAGUAAUUUGAAUUUGAAUGCAGUAUAGUGUCCUGGGAGGAUGUGAGCUGGUCAGAGCUUCCAGAAGGGAAUUCAUUCCAAGAACCACAGUGAGCAGAUGAAGAAGGUUGAUUGCCCAUGGUCCUUGCUUCCCCCCUCCUAGUCCCUGGCAUGCUUGCUUGGAGAUAGCUCCUUUCAGAGUCCUCCUCAAAUGCCUAUAAUUAUUUUAGACUUCCACUAAAGGGCUAAAGAAUACAUGUGAUGGCGGUGGGUAAAGAAAACAGAGCCUGCUGGUCAGGCCACACAGAAAGCAAUGUCCCAGGAAUGUCACUUCCAGACACAGUGCCAAAUAGUACCCAUCUGCCCCUGGGACACAGCAAGUAGAUGGAAGUGUGUGUGUGUGUGUGUGUGUGUGUGCGCGCGCGCACGCACGCACGAACACACAUGUGAUUACCAGCAUGGAGAAUAGAAGAUAAAAUUGCCUUCUGGAUGUUUAAUGCGGAAGGAGUCAGGCAGGGGAAGUAAAGAGAGAAGAUGGUAAGAUUAAAUCAGUCUGCAUCUGCUCUAUCUCAUUAACAAAUGUCAGGGCAAAGCUAAGGUCUCCACCUGAUUUAAAAGGAAAAGUAUUCUGGCUUAAGACACUGAAAAGCUGCCCUUGCUUUCUUUGAGCUUUCUUAUACAGCACAGCAUCUGAAGCUUCCUGUGUGACGCAAACGGGAACACGCGCACAGGACUGAGAAACAGCAGAAUCAGCCCAGCAUUCUGGAUUUCUCAGCGACUGGCACAUGCUUUAAACCUUUCACAUCCCUUCUUCACCCCGCCCCGCCAAAAAAAAAAAAGUCUUUAGUCCAAUAUGGACAUAUUUUGGCUGAGAGUAGAAUACCACUGACCAACAGAUUUUACUGAAUUGUAGUGUUCUAGAAUCCACAGAGUAGGCAUUUGGCCCAAUUGUUUUUCUUUCUUUAAUUUGAAAUACUUUUGUGACCAGGAAUGAUGCAAUUGCUGGGUUUUGACGUAAAUAGCAUCAUUUGCUGGACUUUGGAGAGAUCAUUAUCUAAACCACAAUUCCUGUGGCCCUCUGAGUAACAGACUGUCAGGUUGCUCGCUGUCCUCCGCCAUCUCUCUUCAGCCAGCAGCCUUGCAUCAUAUGGAAUUUGUUCCUUGGAGUGGAGGACCCCAGGUUCUGCUGAUGAGUUAUUGUGGCUACACUGUAGGGUCCCUGGCCACCAUGCUGGAAGGGCCUUUCCUUGGAGACAAGGAAUCCUGAAAGAAAAAAAAAAUACUACAAUGAGGGAAAAUGCAGUGCAGGGGCAGGGGUGAGAGUGGGAGGCAUUAAAUCAACUCUUAAACCAGGAAGGAUACCACAGGCCUAGAAUCCUAGUAAUCAGAAAGUCAAGUCAGGAAGGCUUCACAGUGCAGGCUAGCCCGGACUAUAGGGAAAGUUUAAGAUCAUAUAAUGAAACCCUGCAUUUAAAAAAAAAAAUCUACUCUUCAAUGUGUUCUAUAUUUUACUCAAAUUUCUGUAAAGCAUUGAUUUUAUCCAAGGCAGAAGUUUCCCCUUGUAAGGAGGCCGGGCCGCUUGCAGGCUGGCCAGGGGUAGGUGACAGUGGUGUGCCGCAGAGGAGUUAGCACUUGAGAAUGGCCACUCUGCUCGUGUUUCUAGCUCCAGCGCGUUCACCCUGGGUGUACAGCACCCCUAGCUCCAGCACCCCUACGGGCAGGCUUCAGAAAAGCUCCUGUAGACCUCAGCUUUGUGUUGUACACAGUCAAUGAAAUGGUUGCUAAUCCUGAGAAGCACACAGAGGUCCAAAGGUAUUCUUAAAGAGAACAACAACAGCAAAUAGAUGAUAACAGCUUUCUGUUCUUGCUUAAAGUAUAGUACUCACUGCCUCUGAUGCUGCCCUAAAGAACUGCCUAAACAAUUAUAUUUGUGCCAGAGGCUGCAUCAAGAAAGCAAUGGUUAAGAGCAGCUGGGGCAGUAAGCUUUAUCCAUGCCUGUGGAACAUCCCUCCAACAGUCUCCCCUCCACAGCCUCAAAACCAGUUUCCAGGACUCUGGGAAAGCAUAUGGUUAUCUGGAAGUCCCUAUGAUCAGCAGGUCCCCAGGAGAAGAGAAGAGCUACCACUAUAUUUACAGCCUCGGGAAAACUCACUAUGGUAUGUCUCUGUAGCUGGGAACUCUAACAAAACAGUCUUUUUAAAAUUUUUUUAAACAAGAGUUACAAACCUGCUGCCAAGCCACCCAGCCUCACAGGCCACCCAGCCCCACAGGCCCUCUCUUCGCCACCUCCUUGGCCCACUUUUGUAUGAAUAGAAAGAUAUGAGAGAGGAGACCCACUGAACACCUUUAGUCCCUAGAGAAUUCAGCCUUCCACAAGAGAGAGAAACAUGCCUCAUUGAUCCACCGCACCCCUGGGUUGAGGUGGCGUCCCUGUUGGCUUAACGCUGUUUCCCCAAAGGGCCAAGUCAAUGGACAAACAAAGGAAAGUUUUCUUCAGUCAUGAUUUCAUAGCAAACAAAGCUUAAGAGAAAAAAAUCCAAAACUCAUUACUCUUCAACUUUCAGAACAUCUCUGUGGAACCCACAGGAGCAAAAGCCUGAUGUAUUCAAUAGCAUCGGAGAGAGAGAGGAGUCUGGGAGGGUUUAUGGAGCCUUAUUUCUGCUCCCAACAGAAUAAAAUUAAAAUAAGACCCACUGCCUUGCUUUUCUUUUUAAAAGCUAAACCUACCUUAUGAAGGAAAUCCUCCUGCAACUUCAGGAAGGUGAGAGAGCUGUUUUCUCUGUUCCCUGGACCACAGAGAGACAAAACCUAAAAAGAAUAAUUACUUUCCCCCUCACUGGAAAUCAAUCGCAUUUGUUUUUGUUUGUUUUCUGUUUAGUGUUUGAGCAAUGUUAUAGAAUUUCAGGCCCUCGGAAGGAACUGAAAAGUGGUUGAUAAAGAAAUGUGUGUCUGAAAAUUCCCAUCAGCACUGAACAGUGAGAUCCACUGUGAGCAGCUUUCAAACUGGCAUUAAAUUGCGUGGACAUCCCACUGCUCCCCGGGUCCAUGUGAACAGAAAGCCCGGGUUUUAUGCAAUUAGGCAGGAGGGUGUUUCCAUUCAGAAAAGCCCAUAAUAUAAUAGUGUUUCUCUGCUCUCUCAGUUCAUAACAACUUAGGGUAGAAACGAGGCUACAGCGAGACAGAAAAUCUUCGUAAGAUACCCCUACAAAGUCACUUUUCUGAUAAAAAGGAGGAAAAAUAGUUAGAGAUCUAAAAUAAACCAGGACUACUCUCACAUUUGACUGUAGCUUUCAGGUGCAACUCUUUCUCCCUCCAGUCCUUAAACAGCCAUGAAGCCGCCCACAGCCUGGCUUUUAAAAGUUGGGGCUGGCUACUGAGCUCAGAGUGGGAGGUGAACUGUUUCCACAGACUCUCUGAGCCCAUCUCUAGAUCUGCUCUUCAGAGAGUGCUCGGUUCCAUCUGCAAAGCUAUUUACUACUGGAGCAUAAAACAAAACCUGUUGUUUAUACCCCUGCUUUCUCUAGUCUUUCCUGUUCUUUUAUGAUUAUCAAGUCAUCUGUUCAUACAUUCUAAAGAUAAAUUAUGUGAAAUCAUAGUUUGGCAUAUGGGGAUGGAGAGUGAAUUCUUUACAAACUUUUUAAAAAUAAUCCCAUUUAUAUCACCGAAGACAUUUUGGAUGUUAUUGUAUAUGAGUAUAUAAAUUUUUCAUGUUUUAUUUUGCAUUAAAAUAAAGCUUUAUUCAGUCAG